AUGAUCGCCAAAUUCUUUGUUAUCCUUGCCGUCGCCGCCGCCGCCUCCGCUGGUGUAGUGCCGCUCGCUGCUGCCCCAGCUGCCCUAGUGGCUCCGGCUGCAGCAUAUGCCGUUGCCCCAUACGCCAGCUCGUACUCUGCCCAUUCCGUAAACCAUGCGGUAGCUGCCCCAGUGUUUGCUAAUGCGCCUGUAGUUGCUUCACCAUAUGUUGCUGCACCAUCGCCGUAUGUUGCUGCUGCACCUUCACCGUACGUGGCCGCUGCCCCUGCCCCAUUAGUUGCCCCCGCUUCACCCUACGCAAGAUACGUAGCUUCCCCCUACUACCUAUAA